UUUUUUCUAGUGCACCUUUGUAUCCUAUUGCCAUGAAGGGAGUGCACUUCUUCGUCACACUAGCAUUUUUGCUGCUUGCGCUCAUCUCCGCCGCCCCGUCGGUCCGCGGCGAGGAGUCGGAGACUAAGGAGGACUACGGAACUGUUAUUGGUAUUGAUUUGGGAACCACCUACUCGUGCGUUGCUGUCCACAAGAACGGCCGCGUCGAGAUUAUCGCCAACGAGCAGGGUAACCGCAUCACUCCGUCCUGGGUCGCUUUCACUGCCGACGGCGAGCGCCUGAUUGGCGACGCCGCCAAGAACCAGUACCCGUCCAACCCCGAGCGCACCAUCUUCGAUGCCAAGCGCAUGAUCGGUCUCCGUUUCGACGACAAGGAGGUCAAGCGCGACGCCAAGCACCUGGCUGUCAAGGUUGUCAACAAGGAUGGCAAGCCCGGAUUCCAGGUUGACUACAAGGGCAAGGCCCGCACUUUCUCGCCUGAGGAGGUCUCGGCCAUGGCCUACCUCAACACCAAGGUCACCCACGCCGUCGUCACCGUCCCCGCCUACUUCAACGAUGCCCAGCGCCAGGCCACCAAGGAUGCCGGCGCCAUUGCUGGUCUCAACGUCCUGCGCAUUGUCAACGAGCCCACCGCUGCUGCCAUUGCCUACGGUCUGGACAAGAAGGGCAAGGAGCGCCACAUCCUGGUCUACGAUCUCGGAGGUGGUACCUUUGAUGUCUCGCUGCUGGCCAUCGACAACGGUAUCUUUGAGGUUCUGGCUACCUCGGGUGACACCCACCUUGGUGGUGAGGACUUUGACCAGAAGAUUGUGCAGCACUUUGCCAAGCUCUUCGAGAAGAAGACCGGCAAGAACCCGCGUGAGGACAAGAAGGCCAUGGGCAAGCUGAAGCGCGAGGCCGAGAAGGCCAAGCGCACUCUCUCGUCGCAGAUGUCGGUCCGUGUCGAGGUCGAGGCUCUCCUUGACGGCGAGGACUUCUCCGAGACCCUGACCCGCGCCAAGUUCGAGGAGCUCAACAACGCCAUGUUCAAGCGCACUCUGAAGCCCGUCAAGCAGGUCCUCGAGGAUGCCGGUCUGACCAAGGCCAAGAUCGACGACAUUGUCCUGGUUGGUGGCUCGACUCGCAUUCCCAAGAUCCAGAAGCUGCUCGAGGACUUCUUUGACGGCAAGAAGCCGUCGAAGGGUAUCAACCCCGACGAGGCCGUCGCCUACGGUGCUGCCGUCCAGGCCGGUAUUCUGUCUGGUGCCGAGGGUACUGACGACGUUCUGCUGCUCGAUGUCAACCCCCUGACUCUUGGUAUCGAGACCACCGGCGGUGUCAUGACCAAGCUGAUUGGUCGCAACACCCAGAUCCCGACCAAGAAGUCCCAGAUCUUCUCGACUGCCGCCGACAACCAGCAGACCGUGCUGAUCCAGGUCUACGAGGGCGAGCGCUCGCUGACCAAGGACAACAACCGCCUGGGCAAGUUCGAGCUGACCAACAUCCCGCCUGCUCCCCGCGGCGUUCCCCAGAUCGAGGUCACCUUUGAGAUCGACGCCAACGGUAUCCUGAAGGUCGGAGCCAUCGACAAGGGCACUGGCAAGGGUGAGUCCAUCACCAUCACCAACAACAAGGGCCGUCUGUCGCAGGAGGAGAUUGACCGCAUGGUCAAGGAGGCCGAGGAGUUCGCCGAGGAGGACAAGGUCCUGCGCGAGCGCAUCGAGGCCAAGAACACCUUCGAGCAGUACCUGUACAGCGUCAAGAACCAGGUCACCGACAAGGAGCAGCUGGGUGGCAAGAUCGACAAGGAGGACAAGGAGACCAUCCUGUCCGCCAUCAAGGACGCCGAGAAGUGGCUCGAGGACAACAUCGCUGAGGCUUCCAAGGAGGACAUUGAGGAGCAGCGCGAGGAGCUCGAGUCUGUCGUCAACCCGAUCGUGUCCAAGCUGUACGGCGCCAAGGGCGGUGCCAAGGCCGAUGACGACGACGAGGAUGACGAUGCCGAGCACGAUGAGCUCUAA